CCACUUUCCCUUCUAAUUUUCUCUCUCCUCUCACCAAACUCCUCAAAAAUCCUAAAUUAUGGAGACUAACGGCGUUAAUUACCACCGUCACCGGAAAACCACUUCCUCCGAUCGCUUCUUAGCCGCAUUCUCUCUCACCAACGCUUCCUCCGCCGACCAUUCCGGCGAUGAGCUGACCGAGGCGGACCUCUUCUGGACCGGAGGAGGCGGACUCACCGACUCGUCCGAUUCAAUUCAUUCCUCUAUCUCACCGGAAUCUCGCCGUACCUUAGCGUUUCGCUGUUCCGUGAAAUCAGGCAUCCUUGCCGCCCUGCCUGACGACUGCGGAAACCGCCUCGCCCCUCCGCCGCCGCCGACUCCGUUCCGCACGAUCCCUAAGACUCCUCAACGAAUUAUCACCGGUGAUUUGGCUCAAUCCGUUCCAUGCAGAAAGUUCCAGCACUCUGCUCCGAUGAAUGUGCCGUCGAUGAUGCGGAAACCGAAGAAAUUCCGUCAAUUGGACGGAUUUUCCGAGGAGAGAGAAAAUGAGGAAGAAGAGGAGAUGCUCCCGCCGCACGAGAUCGUCGCGAUGAAGCUGAAAUCGACGUCGUCGGUGCUAGAAGGCGUGGGAAGGACGCUGAAAGGGAGAGAUCUGAGGCAAGUCCGUAACGCCGUGUGGCGCCAAACUGGUUUUAUGGACUAAUUUGGAAAAUUUCUGGUGUUUUUUUGUUAGUUCCGUUUUUUGAGGGAGGUUGGUGAAUGGAAGUUGUUUGUUUUUUGGUUACCACUUUCAUUAUGACUCAAAAAAAUUAAAAAGAAAAAGAAAAAGAAAAAGAAAAAGAGAGGAGUAAAUAUAGGUAGAUAGACACUAGCUAGUAAUUCUGGUGGGAGAUUGCGUAUGAAUGGUAACUUGCUAAGGUUGAUUUAUUUUUGGUUGUACUUUUGGUAAAAAGAUAAGGUUAUACGAAGUAUUAGUCUUUUUAAGUUGCGUAACACUAUGGUAAAUGUAUUAGUCUUUUUAAGUUGCGUAACACUAUGGUAAAUGUAUUAGUCUUUUUAAAUUGUGGGAAUUUACUGAUUUUAGUUUGAUCUAUGUUUAGUAGUGUAGAUCAAAAGGAUAAGGCAAUUGCAAUUUGCAAAGACUAUCAUGUAUGCCUUGCGGGUUACAACGUUUGCAUUUCAAGUGUCGACUGUCGACUCACAGUGUAAAUGCCUGGGUGUAAGAUAAAUGCUCUCUAAUGCAAUUUAUGUGUAUUGGUUUUUAAUUUUAA